AUCCAAGAUUUUAGUUAUCAAUUACAUUGAGUGUUUACUCUAGUUCCUUUGUGAACGUUUGCUUAUUCUCUCCUUUUAGGAUUCAGGAGAAUCGAGUGGUCUCUUAUCAACUAGAGAAUGCGUCUAGUUGUGGCGAGCAUCGACUAUAUCGAUUGGCCUCUUCCACGGGCUCGAGAUUGUUUGGAAGGUUUCAUAUACCUUCAGGCCUUUCUCACGAGUUCAGAUCUGUUUGAUCGAUUUCCGCGACUGUCCUUUAUUUUCGUGUCAUUGAAGAAAGAAGAAAACCCCAAAAGAGUUCGACGUUGCGCAAUUCUGAUUUUUUGUCAAAGUUUGGGUGAUUUCUCAAAUUAGGAUCAUAUCAAGUGGUAUAUCAAGAGUCUGGUUCAAACUCAGCGGCAAAUUUUAGAUUACCGGUUCAAAUUUAGCGCCGAGAAAAAAGAGGUAUUUUAAUUUCGUACUUUUUAUUAUUGUACGAGCUAUUUUCUAGAAAAGCCAAGAAAAAAAAACUCAUCGAAAAAGGCAUAGUGAAAAAAAAUUGAUUAUUUGUUCUUACGUUCAUGUUAGUAGUAAAAGGCUUUGUUUUUUUAAUUCUAGGUUGUUGUUUAAUAUGUUACGUGAGUAUUUUAGGGAAAAAAAGGAGAGGAUUUUUUUUUUUUUUUUGGUGUGUUCUUUAAUUGUUUACGUUUGCGUCUGUAGGAGAAGAGAAAGAAAAAAAAAAUUUUGUGUUUUGUGUUAAUAAUUGUUACUGUUCACGUGGGUUCUUACUGGAAAAAAAGUUAUACAGCCACAAAGCUGUACGUAGGAAAAAAAAUUUGUGUUUUGGUUUUUGUGGUUCUUGUUUAAUUUUGGAUCAAUCAAUAAUGGCGGAGAAUCAAGCGAAUCAAGACAUUGGGGUAACAUUAUGACAAGUCAGCAUGCAAAUAGAAGCUUAUCAUCAAGGGCAAGCACAAAUAAAUGUGAGCCUUACUCGAUUGGCGGUUUCGUGGGGAAUUAGUAGGCCAGCCAUAGUAUUCCAAAAAGAAGCUCCGUUGCAGGUCGGGAAUUCACAUCCAGAGCAAGAUCAAUCGUUUGAAUCUACCAUUGAGACAUAAGAGACAAGUCUAGAAGUCUUUGACAUCGAGAUUCAAGCAGAUCAACUACAAGAUAUUCAGAGCCAGACGAUAAUACAACAUCAAGACGAGAAGGAGUGUAUUGAAAUCUCGCCUAUGGAAGGUCCACUUUUGGAUACUUGUUGUGAAGAAUAUGAAGAUUUCGAUGAAGUGGAGGCGAUAGAAGAUAUUCUAGUUGAAGUUCCAUAUUUGAGUGCGCAAAAGGUUGAGCAACACAAUGAGGAACAAGACUGUCAUGGAGGAGAUGAAUGCAUGAAGAUUCUAGGGGAUUCAUCAUUUGUUCCAGAAUAUGAUCAUAUUGAUUUCGUGGUUGGCGAUGCAAUUUUCGAAGAGGGAGCACACAUGGAAAAUCAACAAGAAUUUCAGAGCUAUGUGGAAGGUUUUCAACAUAAUAAUGUCUCUACAAUUCGUGGACGAAUUGUCUUUAAGAAGUCAUGAUACAAUCAUCAAUGCCAAGACAAUUUAAUUCGAAGACCAAGAAGAGUGUCGGUGAUCAUGGUUCAAGAUUCUAUAAAAAUUCGAGGUCGAAUCUUCUUCAAGAGAGAGGGAAUGAUACGAUAUCGACUAGCACGAUAUUUAAUUCCCGUGGUCCAAAAAUAAAGAUUCAGAUUCGACGAUGUAAGGAUCAAUUGGGAUCAUUUUUAAUGGAUAAGAGGACGAUUAUAGCUGUUGCUCGUGUGAAACUAACGUGAUGAUGGAUGGCGAAAUAAUUGAACAGAAUUAUAGAAUUAUAUUGCAUGGAAUUAAUGGUUGGUUGGGUCAUGUUGAUGGAAGCUUGCCAAAUGGAAGUAGACGUGUCUCUUCUUCACAAAGAGAAGAAUUCAGGGCAUGGAUGGAUUGAUUUGUGAUUAUCAAAAUCUAUCUAAAAAAUAAUAUAAGCAGAUUCCCAUUAUGCAGUCCAGGGAUUCAAAUUUCCCUUCCGUCUAGCCUUCCACGUCAUCACGUACACUUUCUUCCCCAUACCCAUCGAAAUACCGCCCACCUCCUUUUAUUUCCAACUCCUACGAAGCCCUUUCACCCUUCCGUCCCAGACAUACGAUGUCUCCCCUUCACCAAAUUUCAUGUUCGUGUCAUAAUCGCUACGCGUCAUGCACUACCUGCACACACUCAAGCAAGCAAACCCGUGAUUCACUCCGGUAGUGGAGGUUUUGUUUGUUAAGGCCUCAAUCUGUUUACUCCGGUGGAGGUUAGUCGCCCGCUAGAGACUCAGAUCGAGAGGGUCUGAAGACCUUUAGUCGAGACUUCUGGCUUUUUAAGAACCUUCCGCAGUAUAACUAUCAUAGAAACUAAACUUGGUAAUUACAAUCCGGCUUAACUGCAGUCUAGGGGGAACCAUAUCCGGGUGACCUCUCUUAACCUGAAUACAACAGUUUACUUGCUUUGUUAGUUUGAUAGUUUAGACUUGCAUUCCAGUUUCAUUGCUAGAUAACAAGAAUUCACUGAGUAGUCAUCAAAUCUAGGACCCGGGUUGAUAAUUAAACCUAAACCCGCUAUACUACGCUUUAGGAAGUCCCGUACUCUUCUUCAGAAUUGCUACUCAGGUGGCCGUCUAUGCGCUCUUCCGUAGCCAGUCUAGCUCGCUGUUGUCUCCUGAGCUGGCGACAGGUGCGGUCAAUCUCUGGAUUCAACGGCAGUAAACCUCCUGACUCGCUACGCUUCAUGCACUACCUGCACACACUCAAGCAAGCAAACCCGUGAAGGCACAAGUAGGACAAAGCAAACAAAGCAAAAAGAAAAGCUAAAUUAACAGAAAUCACUUUUCUUCAACAACCUAGCCAUCCCCGGCAACGGCGCCAAAAACUUGACUCACUUCUACUGUCACCCUAGGAAUUGGCCAAGUGAAACCACUUCCUAAAGCGUAGUAUAGCGGGUUUAGGUUUAAUUAUCAACCCGGGUCCUAGAUUUGAUGACUACUCAGUGAAUUCUUGUUAUCUAGCAAUGAAACUGGAAUGCAAGUCUAAACUAUCAAACUAACAAAGCAAGUAAACUGUUGUAUUCAGGUUAAGAGAGGUCACCCGGAUAUGGUUCCCCCUAGACUGCAGUUAAGCCGGAUUGUAAUUACCAAGUUUAGUUUCUAUGAUAGUUAUACUGCGGAAGGUUCUUAAAAAGCCAGAAGUCUCGACUAAAGGUCUUCAGACCCUCUCGAUCCCUUCAAUACAAACACACACCAAACAAACAUGCAAUAAUAAUUCAUAAAUCAUAAGCAAUACUACUCAGACCCGGCCAAUGGCCGGGCACAAAGCUAGUUGAUUAAUUAAAGGAGAGAAGUAAAAAGUACAUUGGAAGUUUGCUUUGCAAGGAUUGAAGAUGAUUAUUAAUUCUGAAAGGAAGAACACGUGAAAAGGUUUCCGCCACCAGCAAUGAACCGGAAUUUCCAUU